UGCCAAGUUUUAAGAAUAACGCCUGGGUUCCCCUGAGUCAUACCUGGGGAUUGCCACAAUAUUGUGGCCGCGACUGCGAAGACGGCUGUAUCUUGAGCGCUGACGUUCUGACCAAAAGCCUUUCUUGGAGAUUUUUUUUUUAACUUGCCCAAUGGGAGCGGUCAACACAAAAGCGUUCUCUGCUGGAAAAUCUGUGAUGUGUCGGACCGGACAACAUCGCUCGGUCCAUGUCGUAUCGUCAGGAGUGCGGACCACCAACCAAAUCUGGGCCGCUUUGCUUUAUCCAAAGUCAGCCGAGUACCACAACAUUAAGGUCUCCUCCGCCCCGAAGGUUCCCAUAGGGAUGCUGUGGAACGUGGAGGGAAACGGCCUGCAGGACACCUUGCACAUCACAGGCGAUAAGCACAUCGCCACCACCCCUCUGCCUGUUUACAAGUUUUACGAUCGUACAGUCCCUGAGGUGAGGAAGGAUGGAGGCGGUCUGGGGGACACAAUGGGCCCGCCGGACCUGAAGUGGCUGCACGCCUUUUCUACUUACCAGGAAUGUCGCUAGAUACGCCAUUUAUGGAAAGCCGAAGCUAAUGCUUGAAUUGUAAAAUUUCAUAUUAUUCCCUCUGAAAUUGCUAAAGGGCUGGCUGGUUUUAGUGCUGUACAUAUGAACUCUCGACUGAAGGCAGCUACUUGCAUAUCAAUUCAAAUUUUCUAAUAUGUAUUUUCUAUAUAUAGUUUUCUACGGUUUAUCUUGUGUGAAAAGUCAUUAAUUUACGUAGGGUCUGUGGGCAAUUUCAUUGAGUGGUAUGUACAAGGGCAUACAAAGGUGUGAAGAGGAUGGCGACUACAAAAGAGAGAGAACGAGAAAAGGCAUUUUGUGAUUUAGAUCUUUUGACGUUAGAUUUUCUUGUCUGAGUACCAUCCUCCAUAGUGACCACCGGCUCAAUCAUUUCGUUAGCUAGCCACAAUUUGCUUACACCCAGUAUGCCAUUGCAAAUGAGAUAAUGAUGGGAUAUGCAAUGCAAUCUAUAGUAAUACUACAAAGACGUUGGUUAAUUGUGACAACAUUUACGUCGGAUGACUUUGUAUGCAAAAUAAAGUAAAAGCUGAUUGAUUUAAA